UUCCUAGCCCCCUGGAUCAAACUGUUAUGUGGAUUCUGAAUUUAAAAAAAACACGUAAAUUCAGUAAAUUACUGAAUUUACGUUAUAACUAAAAAAUGCAAAUUAUUUAGGCGUAAAAAUCCCUCAAAUUCAUUAUAUCGCGUUAAUUAUAUUGCGAAAACAAGAUUUGCUUGGUUUCGCUUUCGCCGAGAAAAUGCUCCAAGGUCAGUCGGCAUGCUCUUUGAUUGCGGCACUUUUAUGCGCAGAUUAGAUCAGGGCUUGCCAAUAAAGGAGGAAGACCCUAGCUAUUCAGAUAACCGCAGCAAGAACGACGUAAGAUCGCCGCUGCUUCUCGUUGCAACCCUUGGUCGCAACCAAAACAUACAAAUAAGAGAACUCAAACACCGCAUAGAAGCAACAAAUGCGCAAGCGCAGCGCUGCUGCUUUCUCGACUCCCGUCCUCGCAGCCGCUUGCCUCGUCAAACAAACGCGCCUUCGUUCACGGCAGGACGUCGACGUCGCAUCAAGUGCGCUGCGCGUGCGCGCUCGAUGUUCCACGCUUCGCCCGCUGCGCCGGAGAGCCGGACAAACCCGACCGAUCUGACCGAUCCACGGGGCUUCGAGCGCUCCGUUGGCUCCGUGCGUGCCUCCGUCACCGAGCGCUGUUGCAGGGAGGUGUUCCCCGCGCUCUCUCUUCGGUGUGUGGGGUUUGUGCUCACGUGUCUGAUGUCCACCUGAGCCGUCGUCGGAACCACCGAGCGCCGUGAGCGGUGACUGCAGCCUGUAGCAGUUUAAAAAAGAAAACAAAAAAACGCCACCACGGCCGCGACACCCGCCGACAUGGCCGACGAAAAUGACGACGGCCUGGAACAGCCGAUGCUGGGUUUCAGGCUUAGGGCGCGCAAGGGUGCCCUAAAGAAGAAAAACGUCUUUGAGGUCAAAGACCACAAGUUCAUCCCCAGGUUCUUCAAGCAGCCCACCUUCUGCAGCCAUUGCAAGGAUUUUAUAUGGGGCUUUGGAAAACAGGGUUACCAGUGCCAAAUAUGCAGCUUUGUAGUACACAAGCGUUGCCACGAGUUUGUCACCUUCAAGUGUCCUGGCAGGGACAAGGGUGUCGAUUCAGACGACGCGCGGACCAAGCACCAGUUCAUCAUUCAGACGUACACAAGCCCCACAUUCUGCGACCAUUGCGGGUCCUUGCUCUACGGACUCAUUCACCAAGGAUUCAAGUGCAAAGCAUGCGACAUGAACGUGCACAAGCGUUGCCAGGAGAGCGUGCCCAACCUGUGCGGCUGCGAUCACACGGAACGACGGGGACGCAUUCACCUCAAGGUCUCUGCCACCAGCAACAAGCUCAUCUGCGAGGUCCGGCAAGCUCGCAACCUCAUCCCGAUGGACCCCAACGGUCUCUCGGACCCCUACGUCAAGCUCAAGCUGAUCCCGGACUUGGGAGACUCGGCCAAGCGCAAGACCAAGACCAUCAAGGCCUGCCUCAACCCGGAGUGGAGGGAAACCCUGUCGUUCGACCUGAAGGCAGAAGACAAGGACCGCCGUCUGCUCAUCGAGCUUUGGGACUGGGACCGAACGUCGCGCAACGACUUCAUGGGCUCUCUCUCGUUCGGCAUCUCCGAGAUCUUGAAGCAGCCCGCCGAAGGGUGGUUCAAGCUGCUCACUGCCGAGGAGGGGGAGUUCUACAACGUUCCGGUCCCAGCCGAAGACGAAGAUGCAUCCGCGCUCCGGAGCCAGAUGCGGGCAAUGCCGAGGCCGGGCCACAGGGGCACCGCUCGCAAGGGAACGCCCAGCGCCUUUCCGGACGUCCCGCACAACAUGGGCAAGCAGGACGUGAUCCGUGCCUCGGACUUCCACUUCCUCAUGGUGCUGGGCAAAGGCAGCUUCGGCAAGGUGCUGCUGGCAGAGCGCAAGGGCACGGACGAGCUGUACGCCAUCAAGAUCCUCAAGAAGGACAUCAUCAUCCAGGACGACGACGUGGAUUGUGCCAUGGUGGAAAAGCGGGUCCUCGCCCUGCCGGCCAAGCCCCCGUUCCUGGUGCAGCUGCACUCGUGCUUCCAGACCAUGGAUCGGCUGUACUUUGUGAUGGAGUACAUCAACGGCGGGGACCUCAUGUUCCAAAUUCAACAGUGCGGGAAAUUCAAGGAGCCCGUGGCGGUGUUCUACGCCGCCGAGAUCGCCAUCGGCCUCUUCUUCCUCCACGCCCGGGGCAUCGUGUACAGAGAUCUGAAGCUGGACAACAUUUUGUUAGACCAAGACGGCCACAUCAAGAUUGCCGACUUUGGCAUGUGCAAGGAGGGCAUUGUCGGGGACAAGACCACCAAGACCUUCUGCGGGACGCCAGACUACAUUGCCCCUGAGAUCAUCUUGUACCAGCCUUACGGCAAGUCUGUGGACUGGUGGGCGUACGGAGUGCUGCUCUACGAGAUGCUGGUGGGCCAGCCCCCGUUUGAUGGUGAGGAUGAAGAAGAGCUGUUUGCUUCCAUCACGGAUCACAAUGUCUCCUAUCCCAAGUCCCUAUCCAAAGAGGCCAAGGAGAUCUGCAAGGGGUUUUUAACCAAGAAUCCGAGUAAACGGCUUGGCUGCGGGUCUUCGGGCGAGGAAGACGUUCGGACGCAUCCGUUCUUCCGGCGCAUCGACUGGGACAAGAUCGAGAACCGAGAGGUCCAGCCGCCCUUCAAGCCCCGCAUUAAACACCGCAAGGACGUGAGCAACUUCGACAAGCAGUUCACGAGCGAGAAGAUCGACCUGACGCCGACGGACAAGCUGUUCAUGAUGAACCUGGACCAGACCGAGUUCAUGGGCUUCUCGUUCCUCAACCCGGAGUUCGUGCAACACGUGUGAUACGUCACGCACGCCGACCGACUAUUACCUUCAGGAUGCUGCUGAUGCUGCUGUCACCGCCGCCAUCGUCAUCGUCACCAUCGUCGCAACUGCGCGUGCGCCGUGACCCCGAUGAAGAGUCUGGGCUGCGCGACAGCCACCGUGGCUCACCGAGGGUCCUCUACGCGGUGCUGCCGUCGCUUCCCACCACCACGUGAUGCACCCCGCAGUCACGUGACAACCACCGCUCGGACGCGCAUGCGCACUGCGCGCCAUCUGUUUGGCAAGUCGCGCGUCAGACUGAGAUAGGAGUUGCUUCAAGAAAUGGCGCGGAAGUUCCGGUCGAAACCUUCUUUUCAAAUGUCUUGGACGGCCUUACAAAGGCAGAGUAUUGCCAAACGUGGUCUUGCGCUUCUGAUUUUCUCAUUUCUUGACUUUGCAUUUCUACCGUUAGCUUUCACCAUGACCAUAAGCAGACAUAGCCUUGAACUUUGCCUGGAAGCAAUUAGAGCCAUCGCGGGAGAACCUGAUGUGUACGAGAUCGCCACGUGACUCAAUCACUUCUUGAGUUAAAAGUCCGUGAGCUGUUCAGCUUAUCCCCUGGAAACAAUAAGUGAACUGGUUUGUUAAAGUUACAGGAUGCUUUAAAUGUGUCGCUGCAAACUUGAAGGAACUGUAACAUCAACAUUGUUCGCUCUAACGUAAGGCAAAACUCCCUACGGAGCGUCUGCAGUGCAACCGGUGAUCGUGCACAUUGUUUCCACGACUCGUCAAUGAAUGGUCACACGCUAGUGUACGUUGUCAGACAUCGGAUCCGGUGACGUCCUAUUGAAGAGCUUAUCUGGUUAAUCAAAUUGGUUCAUCCGAGCUGUUACAUCACCUGGUCACACGCUUGGUUUCCUUCUGGCCAGCUUCGUGGCUUCAUGGUACCAUCGCUUCAUUUUUCUCUAUACCGGGACUGUUACUUCUUGCUUGCCUGCUGGCUAGUACGGGGCAGCGUACAUCUUGUUAUUGCUGUUAUCCCUUUUGAAGUGUACGCUGCUAUGUACUGGCUAGAGUCGCUAGAAAGCUCUAGUUCUGGCAAGCGUGGAGGCUGCCAUGAUAGAGUGACUCCUAUGCUCAGUCUUGAGGUGCUCCGUUGUCCGAUCCAUCGCGACAACGAUUCCCAUUGGAUACGAGAACCACCUGCUUCAAAUGUGAAUCCAUACUUAAGAGUUAUACGAUGGCCUGAUUCUCAGAGUUAUACCGACCGAACAAAAUGCUUUCCAUUUCUCGAUCUCCUCGUAAUGUGAGCACAACUCGGCAGAGGGCGAUAGCUAUGGUCCCGGUGCGAGCCAUUCAGAAGGGCGAAGAAAAGCACGUGACCACGGUCUGUGGUAGCGCACUUCUCCUGUCCAGAGUGGUCAGCUGCUCCGCUCGUCCGCUUUAAUAGACCAUUCUAAUAGCCGGCGCCAUCUAGGAGCUGCUGAGCCAAUUAUAAGAGUCCGCAAUUACUUGGGCACGUACACUGAGCAUGUUUUGGACACGAGGGCUGCACCGGCGUUCGAAGAGGACUCCGAUCCAAUCGCGCGCUUCGUGCCCAAUGGAUGGAUAGAUGAAUGUUAAUGGCUAUACUCUUUGUAACGGGGGGUAGCUUGCGCCACCUAGCCUAAGUCUAAAAAGACCAAGAAAUGGCGACCGCCAUUAUUGCUUGUAUGGUCCGUCGAAAAGUGUCUACUGGCUUACGAGGGUCGUAGCUUUUUGCUGUUUGCAAAGUUGUGCUUGAACGGAGUAUAUAACGUUUUUUUUUUGUUUUUGUUUUUGUUUAUGUCUCGUUCACUCGCGUGAUUUGCCGUUGACAUUUGUUUCGGAGAAAGCGAACUCUCGCUGUUACCCACGGGGACCUUGGCGAUAUCCUUGAACAAAAGAUAGAGGUGAAGCUACUAAACCUGACUGCCUUUUUUAUUUUAUUGUCACGUUUUGUUGGCGGUUAUGUGAGAGAGAAAGUUGGGGGGAAGGGGGGGGGGGGGGGGGGGAGGGAUGUUGGUUUCACUUUUGUAUUAUGUACAGACUCACAUAUACUUGUUUGUGCAGUAUUCUUGCCUGAUUUUAUCGGAAGGCUAGUCAUUCAUAUCCCGAAUAAGAACGAGUGUCAAAAAAAAAAAAAUGCUAUAAAAAACAGCUCAGGAUACGCACGCUUGAUUUUAUGUUACUCAGGUAAAAAAGUUUUAUCGAGACUCAUAGUUAUCACGAUUCCUUGGUCUCCAAGCUCACCCUUUUAAUGCAAACUUCGUAAGUGCACCUAUUUAUAAUUCAAGAUACAUGUCGGCACAAUAUGAUAAUCAGGUUGACAAGACACCUAUCUUCAUUGACAGCUUAACAUUAACGACACGUUGCGAAUCCAAUUGUGACGUUCGACGCUCCAAAACUAAUAUCCAAUAAGCUUUUUUUUUUUUUUUUUUUUUUUUUUAAGAAGAGUUUUUUACAUAGCAGGCGCUCCUCGGGCAGCGGCGGAAGUUCGAACUACGGUUGGUGUACGGAGAAAAAGUUGCGUACCUCUCCUACCCCCUCCGCGACUCAGAUGAGGAAGGAUAGGUAGCGCAACUCCCCUACUGAGCGCCACUUGCGCUUCGAGAUUCCGCCGCUUGGUGUCGUCUUUCGGACGUCACGUAUGCAAAUGCUUCCCAAUGAGCACGCCAUCGUUGAAUGGUCUAGCUGAAACUGUGGGUGGGUCGCUUGGACCCAUCAGUCGGAUACUUCAAACAUUCUAUGCGUUCACAGUUGCCAAUUUGCGCUGCCAUAUUUAGACGAUCACGAAUCUUACUUUAAUGCGCUCCACGUCGAAUCUCUUUCAGAAAAUAUAUUGAAGCAAUCAUCCGUCACGAUUUUUUCUUUCUAUGUUUUUGUUUUUUUGCUUUAUUCAUUAAAAAGAUUUUUCUUUUUUCGUGUGUGUGUGAGCGGGGAUUUUGUUUGGAGAGGUUCGCAAUGGGAAGCCCGGCUCUAGGUUAAGAAAUGUGAUACAUGACAUGCUCCUUGUGGCAACAGCACUGUUUAUGGAUUUUUUUUAUUUUUCUUCCGUGAGCAGUGACAAAUAAGCUGCCGCCAUUAAUCGUUCAGCAUUGUUGAGUUGUAAGACAGCGAGUUGGAAUGGCAAUACUUCGCGGAAAGCCGCUGCGCCUCCAGGAUUUCACGAAAACGAUGCAUUUUGCAUACCAUUCGUCUUACUAACUCAAAACCUCGGUGGAAAAAAAAAAGUUUUUGAACAAGGCCAGCCUAGACGGCGAAAGUUUGCCCGAGCUUCGCCCAUCUUCCGGCAGGGGCGCUGUCGUCCUAGGGGUCUCCGUGCAGGCGCAGUCGACCCCCGCGCGACCUUGUAAACAGCGCCGCCCGAAUAAGGGCGGUUCCUCGAAUGGCUCUCAUCGGGCCCUUGAUGCCCAUUAUGGGCCUCUAAGCAUGUUGCGCCACCUCUCGGCAUUUCUAAGAAAUGCGAGCGAACCUCCGCCACACGUGCUUUAUGGCGAGGCGGCGUCGUCCAGACACCUUUUUCAGUGGCCACUAGUCUCCCAGAGGGCGCGAGUUACGCUCCAUUUCAAGGGGGAACCAAUUUAUUCCCGCCUGUCUCUUCCUCCGUGCUCGGAACCUAUUCGACCAAAUUUGUAUCGCCUGCAUCCCUCGGCGUUUUUAUUUUGAGCACUUCUGUCCUCGUGAAAGAUUGCAAAGGACGUAAUUCAAUUAAGUCUUCGGUAUUUCAUUGUUUUGUUCUCAAUUUAUUAUAAUAAGAAGCUUAAUUGAAAAACAUAUAUGCCCCACCAACAGCCCGAUGAAGAGAUCUCAUUAAUUUUUAGUACGCAUGAUUAAGUUGUGUAAAGUGCGAAAACGUGUUUUGAAGAUUACGCUUUUAUUUAAGGGACUCGAUUUUCAUAAUGAUAACAAAGAAAUUCUUAGUUCCCAUCAGAACUUGUCGAACGUAUUUAACCUUGAUAUCUGCAAAAAAUAUUUAGCGGCUGCCACGGGUCUUUGAAAAACUUAAUUACGCAUUUACUGUUCCCUAGGCGACAGAAUCUCUUGUUUAUAUUUUUUAAAGAUGGUCGUUCGAAUUUUAUUUUCGUAAAAACAUUACACCAUUUGAAAAGUACGUUCACUGCGCAAAAGAGCAAAAAACAACAACAUAGUAACUGCCCGCAGUCGAUUUUUUUUUCUUUUUACUUCGGCAGACUAGUAGACCGAGGAAACAACACGUGAAAAGCUGCAGUGGGCGAUAUUUAAGGACUGCAAAACAUCAGUAAAAAUGUAAAAAAAAAAAAAAAAAAAAAAAAGCCGCUGGGUUUAAGGGUUCUUGAAUAAUUGUUUUAGCGGGUAAAUGAGAACUCUGAAAUGAGUUCCCUCAGAAGUCCUUAGAACCACCCUUCGAUUUGUGCCAUGGGAACAUGUACGCCUCUUCCUUAUAAAUUUCGUUCCAAAUUCCGUUUUUCGUUACAUCGUCUGAACAGAGGGUCGCCAUUCUAGCUCGCUGUCUUCAAGGUUGCCAAGACGUGCCGCUAAGGCCUUCCAGUGUCGUUGUCGUUUCACUGCCUGGUCUAACAUAGUAAUACUGUCAUUGUUGCUCAUGCGAGUUAGUCGAGGUUUGGGGUCCUUGGAGGGUUGUCCUGUUUGAUGGCAAAGUUUUUGUCCGGAGCCGCCCUCACGCAGUGUCGCAGUACCCUGGCUCAGUCUACAUGAAUUGUUCGUUUUAUGAACAACUUUUGUUUUUAUUUGCCAGGUCUUAUGACUUCUAGUUCUGAUACUGUGGUCUCUCGAUGUCUCUGGUUUGAAAAGAUGGGCCUAAAACUUUCCCUGGUUAUUUUGUUUUGUUGCGAAUAAUUAUUGCGGUCCGUGCCAGCUAUGCUCGUCAAUUUCUGUAUGUGGAAAUUGACUUUUUGUUUUGUUCGUAGUUCUUGAAGUUUUUUUCGCUGGUAGAACUUUUCAUUGCGUAACGUCAGUAUAUGCAACGCACAGAGUGGACCUAUGGUGUUCACGGAUGCUCAGUAGCACUGUUAAGAUUCCCCAAACAUCGCAAAACACAUUGGACCUAAUGUUUUUUUUUUUAUCUGAUUUUGCCGUGGUUCUUUGACCAUAUUGGAAUUGUUGCGAGAAACUUCUAUAGUAGAAUUUUUAACGCCACGUUUGACUGAAAAAGUUUUGGUAAGAAAUACCCUUUCUCUUAGUACUACCGAAUGCCUCCCUGACUUUAGGUAAUGUGGGGCCUAUGUCUUGUUUUAUGAACUUCAGGGGAGCAAUACAACUGACGUUAUAUUACAAAAUCAAUCAACAAGAUUAAGAAGAAACUUUUGCAACUAUGACGCUAAUUGUGCUGACAAGUCUUUCUUUCAUUCGUAUGAAUGUCUUCCUACAAUGCGAAGCUAACUAAAUGCAUAAUCUUGAAGAAAAGAACCGCAUAAUAUUGAUUGGCUUCGCGACCAUAAUUUAGGGAAUCCGGAAUUACUUUUGGCCGUUCCUAGGGAAGCGAUUUUUUCUAAGAGUGUAGUGGCAUCCCCGAAGUAGUCAGGUCUCUUAGGGAAACGCCGACCUCCAUCCCUAGGUUCCUCCUUUCAGACCAGGGCCAUUGGGGAUCUCCGUAGUAUGCAAACAACCGGCGAUACAAUUUGCUCGUAAUUCCUCUUGCUUAUCAUCAUACACUGGCACGAGGGCCGAGAGUUCAAAUGGCCGAUCGACUUGUAAACUUCCAACUUUGUUGUUUUUAUUUUCGUUUGCCUCUCACGUACCUGUUCUCUGUCAUGACGUAUUUGGUUUUUACCAUCGGUAUUGUUUUGUGUAAAAAAAAGAACAACAUUAAAUGUCACAUGUUCUUAUUA